AUGACUGGGACUGUUUCAAAGACCGAAGCCUUAGUGCUUCCCGAGAUCGGUGCUCCGCUGGUUUUGAGUCAAGUGCAGCUUAGCACUCUUCAACCAGAUGAAGCCGUUGUCGAGAUGAAGGCUACUGGCAUUUGCCAUACCGACAUAUUGUUCAUAAAUGGGACGCUACCUUCAUUCACGCCAGCAGUGUUUGGACAUGAGGGCGCAGGCCUUGUACUCGCUACGGGAACCAGAGUCAGCCAUGUGAGCCCUGGGGACGCGGUGAUACUGGGCGUAAACCACUGCCAACAGUGUCAAAACUGCUUAGAGGGCCACCCCAAUUACUGCAACGAGGGGACGACUCGGAACUUUGGCGGAAGGAGGACGACCGACCAGACAACUCCACUUACCCAGUCUACAUCGGACCUUGGGUCAGUCGAGGUGUUUAGCAAUUUCUUCGGUCAAAGUUCUUUCUCCCGUCGAGCCGUGGUAAACGGAUCUUGUCUUGUCAAGGUAGCGCAGGACGCUUCCUUGAAAUUGUUCGCCCCACUAGGGUGUGGGGUAUCCACAGGGGCGGGCUGUGUAAUCAACACGCUGAAGGUCAAAGAGGGAUCGAGUAUGGCCGUUUUCGGCGUGGGAACAGUCGGUCUGAGUGCGGUAAUGGCUGCCAAAAUCAACAAAGCCCGGUAUAUCAUCGCCGUUGAUCUUUCUGAGGACAGAUUGAGCCUGGCUAAGAGGCUAGGUGCUACCCACACUGUCCUCAGUGACACCAAGGAGCAGACAAUACCCAAGAUCAAGCAAUGUGUCCCUGGUGAUGGCGUUAAUUAUGCCGUCGACUGCACCGGGGUGGCCACGGUCAUUGAAACGAUGCUGGAAUGUCUUGCGCCUAGAGGAAGGGCUGCUCAAGUUGGCCUACCACCUCCCAGUCAGACAAUCUCGAUCAACGGUCUCCAGCAUCUGCUUCGUGGGCAAGAAUAUGUUGGCUGUGCUGGCGGCGACUGUCGACUGAACGACAUGAUACCGUUUUUGAUUGAGCAGCACCGAAAGGGGAAUUUCCCGUUGCAGGAGAUGGUUGCCUGUUACGACUACAAAGACCACGCCAGAGCAUUUGAAGACUGCAGAUCUGGGGCAGCCAUCAAGGCCGUUUUGGUCUGGAGUUAA